UGGUUUCAUCCUAUUUGCUUCGCCCUAUUCCUUUUCAUAGGGUAACGACGGGACUGUUGGUGUCAGAGAGGAGAAGUGGUAUUUGUCCCGAUACUGCCGUGGCGCAUGAGUCCUCAUCAAUGUGCCGCAGAGUUGGCUAUAAAAUGUCCAAACACCAUGCUUCCCAGAAAAACCCCACCUAAGACUGACAGGAAGUAUCCGACAUUCAUAGUCAUCACCGCAAUCAUCCUGUCACAAGACCCGCGAGAACAACAUCAAUCGUCGCCAUCAUCACUGCCUCAUUGGCUCUCCAUGGUCUGGAGGUUGGUUUUGUGUCGGUGAGCGGUGCACUCCCCAUACCACCGAUGCGGCGAUAUUUUGCCCCUGCCAGGAGAUCGUAAAAUCGCACUCGAACGGCUAACAAGGCCCGAAAAAUAGACGCGAAGGCAAUCAGAAAGAUGCAGGUCGCAGCAUACUGUCCGAUGCUGUUCGGCGACCAGGACCAGGAGAAGAGAGGUGUGCUCGUAGAGGCGAAGAACACCAUGGCCAUGGAUUCCAUUCCCAUGAGCAUGGUGGUAGAUGAUGCCAUCGGCAUGGAACUGCUCAUGGAACUCGCCGUCGACAUUCCCGACAUUGUGGAGGUUGGCGAAGCGGACGUAGACAUCGUCAUACUCAUGCUACUCAUGCCGUUCAUCGACAUCAUGCUGCUGUCCAUGAUUGAGGUGUACAGAUAUGCUCUUGGGAGAGUCACAAAGCAGUUCGAGUACGGGCCAGCAGUCUGGGCUUGUAGUUCUGAGUAAAAGGUGAGUAGAUACAAGCAGUGAAGACGAGAUUGAAUGACGG